AUGGCCAUGUCUUGCCGGUACGCCGCCCAGAGCUGUGCUCGCCAGCUCCGAUCCGCCCGCGCCGCCCGGGCACCCGCACAGCUCCUCCGCGCCUCGGCGUCCUCGAGGAGGUGGAACUCGACCGAGGCGGCCCCCUCCAACCCCAAGAUCGAAGCCAUUGUCGACCAGAUCAGCCAGCUGACCCUCCUGGAGACUGCCGACCUCGUUUCAAGCCUCAAGACCAAGCUCAACAUUCCCGAUAUGCCCAUAGGCGGAUUCGCCGCUGCCGCUCCCGCUGCUGCUGCCCCUGCUGCCGAGGAGGCCGAGGAGGCUGCCCCCGCCGCCGCCGAGAAGACGCUCUUCACGCUGAAGCUCCAAGGGUUCGAGACCGCCUCCAAGGCCAAGGUCAUCAAGGAGGUCAAGAACAUGCUCGGCCUGAGCUUGGUGGACAGCAAGAAGUUCGUCGAGAGCGCGCCCAAGAUGAUGAAGGAGAACGUGCCCAAGGAGGACGCCGAGAAGAUCAUCUCGGCCAUGAAGGAGCUGGGCGCCACCGUGGUGAUGGAGUAA